AAAUCAAGCCGACCCAUACGUCAUUCAGAUAUACCCCUCCCCUGGCUCAACCUCCUUGUGUCUCCGUCACAUCUCCAACGCCGUUCUCUCUCUCUCUCUCUCUCUCUCAUCAUCUUGUCAACGACGAUGACCAGUGGACCAGGACUCUUCUCCGAUAUCGGCAAGAAAGCCAAAGAUCUGCUGACGAGAGACUACAUAUCGGAUCCGAAGUUUUCUGUUUCAACCAGCAGUGUUUCCGGAGUUACACUUACAUCAACUGCAACAAAGAAAGGUGGCCUGUCAUCAGGAGAUGUGGGAGCAGUGUACAAAUACAAGAAUACAUUAAUUGACGUCAAGUUCGACACAGAAUCAAACAUUGCUACAACGUUAACAUUCACCGAUCUCGUGCCUUCAACAAAGACCGUUGCCUCAUUCAAACUCCCCGAUCUCAAAUCCGGCAAGGUUGAGGUUCAAUACUUUCAUUACCAUGCUUCUUUGACAUCAGCAGUUGCUUUAAGUGAAACCCCGACAGUCGAUGUAUCAGCUACAAUAGGUACUCCGACUUUUGUUAUUGGUGCCGAGGCUGGUUACGAGACAUCUUCUGGUAAAAUAACUAAGUACACUGCCGGCAUCAGCAUCAAUAAACCCGAUUCUUGUGCUUCUAUUGUCUUGGGUGACAAAGGAGACAGUAUACGCGCGUCAUACAUACACCAUCUGGACGCAUUGAAAAAAAGUGGUGCUGUAGGUGAGAUUUCUAGAAGGUUCUCAACGAACGAAAACACGUUCACUGUUGGAGGCUCUUAUGCAAUUGAUAGUCUCACAUUGGUGAAAGCUAAGCUCAACAACCACGGGAAGCUUGGUGCACUGCUGCAACAUGAGAUUAUUCCCAAAUCGCUCGUCACCAUGUCUACUGAGCUCGACACCCGAGCCUUGGAUAGAACCCCAAAGUUCGGUUUGGCUCUUGCUCUCAAACCUUGAUCACAUGUUGAUUUUUUGAAGUUUUUUAACCACGAGUUAGCCCUUUGAAGGGAGCAUUAAUCAAUAAGUAGUCCCGUUAUACAUUGGGUUUUCGAGGUGAACUACUUGAACAUUCUGGGCAUUUUACGCCUAUUCUUUGUGAUUUUUUUUCGGAAUUCGGUUCCAGGAAUUGGUAUGAAUAUUUUGUUGUUUGGGUUAUA